CCUUUUCACACUUUAGCGGACGCGCGGGGCCUGGUACCGAUUCGGGAUAAAAUGGACGUACUGAUUCAGACUUUUGAUGGCACUUCGAACAUGUAAGCUGGUUAAUUUUGUUUUGUUUGAUAAAUGGCUAUAUUUAUUCCCCUUUCUAGAUGAGGAUUUGUGCCUUUCAACAUUGUAGUAGUAGCACUUAUCAUAUUCAGAAGUGGAAAACCAAGGAGUGUGAUGUUCACCUAGGAAUAAAGCACGAACAAUGUGAUUGUAAGCCGCCAUUUGCACUUUUUCCUUUCCCAACCGCUAAAUCUGACGCGGAAACCAGAAGAGAUUGGAUCAGAGCUGUUAACCGUAAAGAUGCUAAAACAGGCAAAAACUGGCAGCCGAAUUUUGAUUCAAGAGUCUGCUCUUAUCACUUUGUAGAUGGAAAACCUUCAGAAGCUCAUCCAAGCCCUUCAAUAAAUCUCAUAAGGGCAGCUGCUACUGGUGGGACRUCCAGUUAUCAUUUUGUACCUAAAAGGAAGAGAGCUUUAUCUCAUAAAUCGAGAGGAUUUGUUCCAAAAAAAGCAAAGUUGUCUAAUGACACAACAUAUGAUCCAAUAAUGAAUGAAGAGCAAGACAAGCAAGACAAUUCGGUACCUAAUGACUCAACAGCAAUACCCACUAUUCUUAAUAACAAUGAUCAUGAUUAUGGCUUACCUCCAUUAACAAUCAAAUGCAGCUGCAGAAAGGACUGUAACUGUACUGGUUGUUUGAUAAAGGAUUUAGAAAUUGCAAGUCUCAAGGACAAGAUUGACAAGGCAUACUUAGUGAUCAAUGAUAUCAAAAAGCAAAAUAAAAUGAGAGGACCAGCAACUGACAGAUUUACAGAGACUGAUGGAAAGGUUAAUGUGUACACUGGUUUACCAAACAAAGCUUGUUUUGAUUCCCUGUGUAAGCACUUACAGAAGAAAUCAGCCAAUAUUCGAUAUUGGAGGGGAACACAAAAAGUAAUAGUUACAAAGUUUAAAAGRCUUUAUAAGAGAAAGCCAAGCAAAGUUGGUAAAAGAGGGCCACAAAGAAAGCUAACUGUUAAAGAUGAGGUGCUUUUGACAUUAAUGAAAUUGAAACUUGGUCUUCCCACUGAAUUACUAGCAGAUCUGUUUCUUAUUAGUACUGGUUUGGUUUCACAGAUAUUUAACACUUGGAUAAAAUUUUUAGCCAAGCAACAAAGACCUAUCAUUCAUUGGCCAGACAGAGAAACUAUCAAGCAAAUGCUACCACGUUCUCUAAGGGGAUACCCUAACUUAUGCUGUACCAUUGACUGCAGUGAAAUAUUCAUCGAGAGACCAAGGGACCUAGAAACACAAGCUCUCACUUGGUCCGAUAUCAAAAAGCAUAACACAAUCAAAUUUUUGUGUUGCCUGACCUUGACAGACACAAAUGAUGUUAUCAAGGAAAUUUACAAUGCAGUGAAUCUUGAUAAUUACAGUGUGAAACAAUAUGAAGGUACUGUACAUGGCACUGUACAUACUUGAUGUUUUGGUCACCAAAGUUA